UGGCGGGCUGGGGUGGGGACAGAUGCGGAUUGCGGAGGGACGGGGUGGAGCGGUUGGCAGAGUGUUGCAGGGCCGUCGGCAUGGAGCUUGUCAGGUUUUCUCUUUGCCCUGCGGCUCUACUGUGCGCUUGGCUUCUGCUUGCCUCUAGCUGGGGCUUGGGGCCCCCCGGGGUCGGUGCUGCCUACGUGCUGGAUGACGCCGGCGGGCUUGGCAGGGAGUUCGACGGGAUUGGGGCGAUCAGCGGCGGCGGGGCCACAUCUAGACUCCUUGUGAACUACCAAGAACCAUAUCGCUCCCAGAUCUUAGAUUAUCUUUUCAAGCCAAACUUUGGUGCUUCUUUACACAUCCUCAAAGUAGAGAUUGGUGGUGAUGGGCAAUCAACAGAUGGCACUGAGCCCUCCCAUAUGCACUAUGAAAAUGAUGAAAACUACUUCCGAGGUUAUGAAUGGUGGCUGAUGAAAGAAGCUAAAAAGAGGAACCCCCACAUUAAACUGAUUGGAUUACCCUGGACCUUUCCAUCAUGGAUAGGAAAGGGUGAAAACUGGCCCUAUGAUUAUCCACAUGUCACCGUUUACUAUAUUAUUUCUUGGAUAUUAGGAGCUAAACAGUAUCACGAUCUGGAUAUUGAUUAUAUUGGGAUAUGGAAUGAAAGGGCAUUUAACAGCAAAUAUAUCAAGCUGUUGAGGUACACACUGGAUAAGAAUGGUCUGCAGCAGGUGAGGAUCAUAGCCAGCGAUAGACUGUGGGAGCCCAUUUCCUUUGUCUUGCUGAUUGACUCUGAGCUCCAGGAAGUGGUCGAUGUCAUUGGGGCUCACUAUCCUGGGACAAAAACAGUGCCAAAUGCCUUACUAACUCAGAAGAAACUGUGGGCAUCAGAAGAUUAUAGUACUUUCAACGAUGAAGUAGGUGCGGGCUGUUGGGCUCGAAUCCUAAACCAAAACUAUGUGAAUGGAAACAUGACCUCAACUAUUGCAUGGAACUUAGUGGCUAGUUAUUAUGAAGAAUUGCCUUUUGGUCGAUGUGGAUUGAUGACAGCACAAGAACCAUGGAGUGGCCACUACAAAGUAGAAGCACCUAUCUGGAUUACAGCACACACAACACAAUUUACUCAACCAGGCUGGUCAUACUUGCAAGUGGAUGGACACCUAGAAGGAGGUGGAAGCUUCGUAGCUCUGACAGAUGGCCUAGGGAACCUUACCAUAAUAAUUGAAACUAUGACACAUAAUCACUCUCAAUGUAUCAGGCCUCCCCUGCCUCACUUCAGAGUUUCACCUCAGCGAGCGACUUUCUACCUCAGAGGUUCUUUUUAUUUCCUGAAAACUCUUCAUGUGUGGCACUCUAGGCUUGGUUUUGAAUCUGCAAACUCUAGUCUUUUUGAGCAACUCCGUCCUGUAAAAGUCUCGAGGGGAAGUUUUUCUUUAGACCUAGAUGUGGAUGAAGUCUAUACUUUAACUACACUCAAGACAGGGCGGAAGUGUAGCUGCCCAGAGCCUCCACCGCCUCAACCCUUUCCUUCAAAUUACAAAGAUGAUUUCAAUAUUCGUAAUCCGCCUUUCAGUGAAGCUCCAAAUUUUGCGGAUCAGACGGGUGUUUUUGAGUACUUCGUAAAUGGCUCUGACCCAGGAGAUCAUGUUUUCACACUCCGACAGGUGGUGAUUCAGCGGCCCAUCACUUGGGUUUCUGAUGCAGACCAGGCAAUCAGCAUCAUAGGAAACUUUCAGUGGGUAGAUCUGACAGUCACUUGUGACAUCUAUAUAGAAAAGCCACUCGAUGGAGGUGUGUUUAUUGCUGGAAGAGUUGACAAUGGUGGGAUAUAUGUUCGUCGUACCAAAGGAGUUUUCUUCUGGGUUUAUGCAGAUGGCACCUACAGAGUCACUGGUGACCUAGCUGGAGAAGAAAUACUAAUGAAAGGGCUUUCUGGUGUCCGACAUAAUGCUUGGCACACACUUACUCUCAACAUCCAGGGCACUUCUGCCUCAGGACUGUUAAAUGGUUAUCCACUCUGGGAGAACGUCACCAUUUCUCAACCAAGUAAUGGCUGGGCUGCUAUUGGAACUCGCUCAUUUGAGUUUGCACAGUUUGACAACUUCCACGUUGAAGCUAGAUGAGGUAGCUUUUGCAUUUGGAGAGUGUCAUCGUGCUUUGAAUAAGAGCCAGCUCAAACUUUGGGGACAACUUAACACUGACACUGAUCUGUUGGCAAAGAAUCUGAAUUUUCACCCUAUUUUUUUUUUUAAAGGUUUACAUUACUAGUUACCAAUGUGACUAAAGUUUCAUCCCCUGGUUGCUAUGGAAUUUUUACUCUUAGAAUUCUGGGGGUAAAUUUUAGUUCAAGGUAAUGAUGAAAACAAAAUCAUAGGUCUGAAUUUUUUUUAAUACAAGGACCUUAACUUCCCAUCUCAUUUUUAAGCCAAACUUGAAAGUUAGUAGAUGAUGAAGGUAUCUCAAGCUGCAUUUUUAACACUAACUGUGUCCUUUCCUUUCACUGUAAGAUUUAAAUACCAAUAAGCCUGAUGAACUAGUGGCCCCAUACAGUUGUACGUUUAUGACUUUCAGAUUUCAUUUGUAGAAAGAACAUUUUUUCUGUAUUAAGAAAAUAGAGAUGUUUUGUCUAUUUCUGCUACAGUCUGAGGCUAGAUCUUAUAAUGCUCAAGGUGUGUUUGAUUACUUUUCCAGCUUUCAUUGCUAGCCUUAAAAGUUUUUUCUGAGCAGAAAGGAAAUCUGUUAUGGGUGAUCAGGCAAUGCAGGAUGUGCCUUAAGCUUCAACUACCUCCUUUUUCUAAUGAAAGGGUUGAAAUAGAUUAAAAGAUUCUGUAACUUGCAGUUCAUUAUUGAUAGCUUUUAUGGUGUGUGGAUUUUUUUUUGCAUGGCACAAGAAUAAAAACUGAGUCCUUAAUUUAUGUCAGGUCAUAUGUGGAAAAACUGGCUUUUUGUUCCUAGAAGCUUAAGCAUCCAUCUCUCAUUUGUGAUAGAUCUAAAACUUAGAGCAGAAAUUGAAGCAUAUCAAUAUGUUAGUCAGCUGAUUUUGUUAUUGUAGCACAGAGAAGGUGUGGAUACUAUCAUGCCUUUGCAUAAAAGGAAAUUUAAAAAAAAAUAUAUCUUACAUCCUUGCAGUCUAGUCAUAACGUGUCAGCAGAUGAAUGCAGACGGAAUUAUUUAGUGUAUCAGGCUGUAUUAUUGACACAAAAAUAUCCUAUCUAACAAUAAGCCUACUCCUAGGCAGCAUGGAGUAAAGUUCAGAUUGAGUUUCAGAUCCUUCAGAAAGGAGGGAUUCUCUUUUUUGUUGCUACUUCACUGUUUUUUGAAGUUACUGUGAUAUAAAAAAAACAAACAAAAAACCAUCCAGACUAUAGUGAGGUAGUGAAUGAUAUUUUCAUCAGUUGGCUUCUGAAUUUUUCUGUUGGCCAUUUUGAAUGAAAAGGAUAUCUAUUCAAUAACAAAACACAUACUCUGUGUCUGCAUCCUGUUUAACUAGCGAGCAAGUAAUUCCAGAGACAUGAUAGGGCACUAAUAUUUGUAUGGGCUAUCUGUAGUAUGCAGUAUCUUAUAUUUGAGAAACAGAUUUGUAGUAUAUUUCAAUUUAUACUGAAUGUUAUUCUGAUCUAAUUUAUUUUGAAAGCUAAUUUCAGUAAGCUUUGAUCUUUGUUUUCAGCUAAGAUAGAGUUAAUGCAGUACAAAUUAUUACUAGACCUUUUUUUAUAAAGGUUAUCUUCCAUAACAGGUUUUGGAGAGAUCUCAAUUUCCUAAGUAGAGAUGAGUAUUUUAUUUCUUUCUACAAUUAUACUGAUACCAUUAUUAAUUGGUUAUGAAUCAUUCAUAAGUGCAAAUUUCACACAUGCAGUAACCUUGAGGAUUGUUCUAAAUGACUGAAGUUUAAAACUCCUGUAGAAGUCUUUUAAGUAUUAACUGUUUAUUUAACUGAGUAAGAAGUGAAAGCCAAUUUUCCACUUCAGUUUCAUUUUGAUAGUUGAAGUGUGGAUGCAAAUCUGUUCAUUAUUUGCUUGAUUUCAGAAGGGACGUCACUGGGAUCCAGAUGUGAAGGAAUUUAACUUAAGGUCCUUAUAUUCAAGUAGUAUGAAUACAGGAGAAAAAGUUCUCAGAAUAAACUUGUUUCAGCUGUGAUGGUUCUUCCUAGUAGCAUGUUUCUUGAAGGGUUCAUGGUAGCUUGUGUGCGCUGCAAGCAAUGUUUGUGUAAGAGAGAUUAGCAAAGAUGCAGUUUAUCCAAAGGCGUUGUCCAGUUGCUUUUUUUUACUACCCUUUAAUGCAUUAGUGUAAUGAACUACUGUCAUAUUGUGUACUAAGCACAAUGUAUUUUGUCAAUGAACAUGUUGAUUAUUUUUUCUGAUUUUAACUUAUUAAUGAUAAAGGAUUGAACUGUUUUAUGAAGAGAGUAAGUGUUCUAAUAGUGAUAUAAUGUUAUUCAUUCUUAUGUCUGUAAUUCUUCACCCUUCAGCAGGCUGUAAUAUGCUUGCCAAUAACAAGCUGUCAGGUCUUUCACUGAGGGGCAGAUUUGUGUUGUUGAUUAUAAAUACUAAUCAUUCCAAAUGGACAAAUAAAACAUUUAAAACCCCUUUA